AUGGACAAAGACAAGUCGCCUCUGAUGCGGAUCCCCGCCGAAAUCCGUAUGAUGAUUUAUGAGCACCUCCUCGACGACGGGGGAGAAGGCAGACUCGCAGUCCGCAACAAGGCGAUGCACCAGCUGCCCACUGGCAGCAUCCUCAAGACGUAUCGCCGCUCGCGGUAUCGGAUCGUCGAGAGGUCCUUCCACCGCCAGUGCUUCGAGACGACGUACCACCUGGCGUCCAAGACGAGGAUGCACCCCGCCGUCAUGGCCGUCAACCGCCAGAUGCACCGCGAGACGAGCCACAUGCUGUACGGCCUCCACGGCUUCGACUUCGGCAGCGACGUCGAGGCCGUCGUCCCUUUCCUCCAGGAUCUGACGCCCCAGUCGCGGGCCAUGAUCCGAGAGAUAACGGUCCGCAAGGAAGGGCCGCUGUACAACUGCGAGAGCGACCGGCAGGACUGGGCCAAUAUGUGCAAGUACCUGCGGGGGCUCGACAAGAUGGUGCCCAAGGUAAGGAUCGUCGUCGAGGGGGGCGAGCCGGCGGCGGCGUGGGAGGGGCCCCAGCAGCUGGGGGUGUCGGACCUCCGCCUCCUAGCCCUCAUCAAGCACGACAGCAUGGAAUGGAUCGCCGAGCUGCAGCGGGUCGAGGGCAUCCAGCAGCUCGAGAUUAUACCCCACAUGCGCCGUCUCCGCCCGCCGGGCACGACUUCGACCAUCUUGUUCGCGGCCUUCUCGGCUUCCAUUGGCACGGCGCUGGUCGAGUUUCUACGGACAGACUGCGGACUCCCGGCGGCGGUUGCUUCAUCGGCCUGA